GCGGACUGAAUGCGGCGUUCUGUCGCCGAUUCGGUUUAUAAAAUAGCCGAUUUUAGUAAAUAAUUCGUCGUUUUUAUUAAUGCUUAUGACACAUCAUGUAAAUACAAUAUCCAUUAUGUUAUUUAUCACAAAAUUUUCAACAGUUUAAGCGUGGGUUUUAUUGUACAGUGUUUCGCGUGUGUCAAGUGAAUCUGUAAUGGUCUCCGUUAGCUCUUUGUUUUAGUGAAUAAAUCUAGUGUUUAAAAGUUAUUAAAAUGGAAUAUCGGACUGCUAUAUGUAGGCUUUGCCUAGUUACAGACGAACAUAUGUUUGCUAUUGGUGGAACUCCACUACAAAUUGUGUAUGAGAAGCUUACGAAUAUUCAGUUCCUUGAUGAAGCCAAGCCGGUGGUGGCGUGUCAGAUAUGUCACGCGCAACUCAAGAAGUCGUGGAAGUUGAUGGUCACGUCUCUAAAAGCAGACAAUGUAUUCACAGAUUACUUGAAGAACAAUACAAUGAUCGACGUGAAAUCCUUCUCGCUGCUCGACCGGCGGGCGUACAACCUCGGCUACCCAAUGGUGACAACGUUGGUGGAGAUCACAGACCGCCCCCCCGAGGAGUUCAAGCUGGAGGUGAAGAAGGAGUCGGAGCUUACAUCCUUACUUGUUCCAGAUUUCCCCGGCCUCAAUGAGUCCGUCGUGCUGAUUGAGAGCAAAACGGAUGUGAACGCACCAAACGUAGAGUUGGACUUUAUGAAGGAGGAAGUGGAGUGGUUGUCGGAAACGGGCCCGGACGCGGCUAAAUUGGACAGUGACUCCGAAGACGAUAUACCGGUGACUCGUCUGAAGCGUACUACUACGAAGCGGUCGCAGACCAAACGUACCACGUCGAAGAAGUCGAGCACGAAGCGAACCAACAAGCGGACGCCGGCCAAGCGUCAACCUAAAGCGGUCACGUUCAUAGAGCCGCCCAAAGAGGACGAAGACAUGAAAGAAACUGAAAACAAAGAGGAACCCGAUGACAUCAGUCAUCAUCAAGAGGACAACGAUGAUGACUCCGACUAUGAACCACCACCAGUGAAGGAGGACAGCGAUGAGGAGCCCGAGAAGCCUGCGGAGACCAAGCAGAGGAAACGUGUUCCCUCGACAUCGGUAGCGAUAACGCAACAACUAGAAGAAACAACAACAGCAAACAAACGACUUAAGUCACUAGAAUGCGUAAGGCUAGAGAACGGGCGUUAUUACGAAUGUCAGUUUUGUCAAAAGAGAAUUGUCGAGGAGAAAAAAAUGCGUAAACACUUGCGCGAACACAAACCUUUCGAAUGUGCCGUUUGUAAUAAGAAAUUCUUUAGGAAGACUUACUUGCAAAAACAUUUCGUGUCGCAUACAGGCGUGAAAGCGUACGAGUGUAACGUGUGCAAUCGUAAAUUUAGUCAUAAGAGCACUUUGAAUAUACAUCAGAAAAUACAUUCGGGCGAGAAACCUCACGAGUGUCACGUUUGCCACCACAGAUUUUUGACGAAAGGCAACUUGACCAAACAUCUCACGCGACACACCGGCGAGAAACCUUACGAGUGCGAGGUGUGCCAUCGUAGGUUUAGAGAGAAACAUCCGUUCACAGUACACAUGAGAACGCACACUGGUGAGAAACAUCACCUGUGCAAUUUCUGCGGCAAGAAAUUCGGUGGCAAUAAUCAACUGCAGAGACAUCUGCUCAAACACACGGGCAUAGAGUACAAAUGUACUCUAUGCCCGCGCAGGUUCUACGUAAAGCGGACUUUCGAGACGCACUUGAAAUCGCACAGUAUGGAAAAACCACACAAAUGUACGGUCUGUCAGCGCGGAUUUAACAUUAAACAACAUUUGGAAGCGCACGUUAGAACUCACACCGGUGAGAAACCGUUUGAGUGUAACAUUUGUCAGUACAGGUGUUCCACUAAGGGCAAUUUGACGAUACAUUUGAGAAAACACACGGGCGGUAAGCCGUUUGAAUGUCACAUUUGUCACCUUCGAUUUACACAAAAGGGCAAUUUGAAGAAUCAUCUGACUAUUCACACCGGUGAGAAACCUUACGAAUGCGAGUAUUGCCAUCGUAGGUUUAGGGAGAAACAUCCGUUUACGCUUCAUAUUAGGACGCAUACGGGCGAGAAACCUUUCCAAUGUAACGUUUGCUAUUUGAGUUUCAGCGCGAACAACCAAUUGAAAAGGCAUAUGAUGAAACACACUGACGCUUGUGACGUGUGUCACCGACGUUUUGUUUCCAAGCAAACACUAGAAAUACACUUGAAAACACAUAUUAGAGGCGGUGAUGCGUUAGUUAUUUAAACUUUAUGUAAACCUUUCGUGAGUGUGAAGUGAAAAACGGAAUGAAAUAGUUUUUUCAAGGUCUAAUCUCAAAUAUUGUUAUUAUUCAAUAGAGUAAUACUGAUAUGCCUGCGAAAUAUUAGAUUUACAUUAAGCUAUUAGAUAAUAUAGAUUUAGUAUUUAGAAGUAAUGUAUGGCGCGAAUAAUAAUUUAGUUCGUUUAAGGAAAUACAACAUGUUGACUGCGGUCUAUGAGCGAUGUACAAUUUUUAUCCUGAUAUUCAUUACAAAUUAUUGAUUUUUUAUUUAAAAAUAAAAUAAUACUCGUGUAGAUAUCAAAUAUUUAUUUAUUAUGAGUUCGAUGAAUUAGGACUAUUUAUACAUGAGAUAUCGUUUCCCCAAAUAUCUUAUAUAUAAAUCACUGUACUUGAGCGAUGUACUAGAAAUUUUUGAGUAAUAAUAAAAUAUUAUCGUCGGCAAAAUUGCUAAUGUCAUAAGUUUUAAAUCUUUUCUGUUAACAUGACGAUAACUUGAUUCGGUUUUUACAGACUUUCUUUGCAUGUUUGCCUAGUAUAUGUUUUAUUAUAAUUUCUCAUCUAUAACCAUUAUUCCAGAAACAUUUAAAUGUUACAUACAUACAUACAUACAUAAACUCACGCCUCUUUCCCGGAGGGGUAGGCAGAGAAUACCUCUUUCCACUUGCCACGAUCCCUGCAUACUUCCUUUGCUUCAUCCACAUUCAUAACUCUCUUCAUGCAAGCUCGGCGGUUUCGGGCACUUUUGACCUGACCCUUCACCAGGACGUCCUUAAUUUGAUCAAGAUAUGUUCGUCUAGGUCUUCCCACCCCGACCUUUCCCUCCACACUCUCCUUGUAUAUCUGCUUAGUCAACCUGUUUUCAUUCAUCCUCUCCACAUGACCGAACCAUCUCAACAUACCCUUUUCUAUUCCUGUAACUACAUCUUCUUUCACAUCACAACAUUCCCUUAUCACGCUGUUCCUUAUCCGGUCACUCAAUUUCACACCCAACAUACUCCUUAACGCUCUCAUUUCCACUGCAUUUAUUCUGCUUUCGUGCUUCUUUUGCCAUACCCAACUUUCACUCCCAUACAUUAAUGUCGGGACCAACACGCCCCUGUGCACAGCCAGUCGAGCCUUUUUGGAUAGUUUCUGACUGCUCAUAAAGGCAUGCAAAGCUCCAUUCACCAUGUUCCCCGCGUUCACUCUCCUUUCAAUAUCACUAUCACACUUGCCAUCUGAUGUAAACUUUGAUCCUAGAUAUACAAACUCUUUCACUUGCUCAACUUUUUCUCCUCCAAUCAAAAUAUUACAUGCUGUCAUUUCUUUCUCCAUUUCAAAAACCAGUGGUUUAGUUUUACUUACGUUCACUUUCAUUCCUUUCUCUUUUAAAGCUUCAUGCAUACAGUUUACCAUCUCCUGUAACUCCUCCGCUGAUGACGCCAGUAUAACCUGAACAUUUAAAUGUUCAAUGCUUAAUUCAGCAUAAUGUGUUAUUUACUUAUGUUUAUACCAAGCUUAUUUAAUAAAAAAAAUUAAUGAAUUUAUAUCGAUCUGAUAGCAAUUUAUAAAGUUUUUAAUUCGAAGAUAAAAAGUGUAAUUUUUAAAAUUAUUUUGAAUUUUACCAAAUAUUUUUUUGUCUGUUUGUAAUAUCUUUAUUGGAUACAUACAUACAUAUAAUCAUGUAUAUAUACCUUGCGGGGUAGACAGAACCAACAGUCAUCAAAAGACUAAAGGGCCUCGUUCAGCUGUUUGGCUUUAUGCUUAAAUUGAGAUUCAAAUAGUGACAGGUUGCUAGCCCAUCGCCUAAAAGUAGAAUCCCAGGUAUAACCCUAUCCCUUAGUCGCCUAUUACGACAUCCAUGGGAAAGAGAUGGAGUGAUCCUAUUAUUUUUUCUAUUGGAGCCGGGAACCACACGAUAUCUUUAUUAUAUAUACGAAAACACAAAAAUAAAGUAAAUUGGUAAUACAAUAUACAAAGGCGGACUUAUCUAUCUUUUUUAUUAAAACUUGGCCGAACAUUAUACAAAAUUGUAUGUUCUUCAUUUGUAUUUUUAUGAUUAAGUUUUAUAUUCUACGUAAAUAAAUUGAAAUGCCAGUAAUUUAGUGUUUUUUUUUU